AUGGCACUUCAUCAGCGAUCCCAGUCACUUCCAGAAGAUUUUUUGGAAAAUUCAGUUCAUGAGUCAACCCAAAGUUAUCCUAUUCCUGUAAAAAUUUACCCGCAAACAAUUUCGGAUAACGACAAUUAUCUUUACGAGUCAGCAGUUGAAGCAUUUGUUUGGGAUUGGCCAUUCAGUGAGGAUCGAAUAGCUAAAGGAUUUCUCUCGGAAGAAAAAUUCUACGUUUGUCUGCCCUUCAAUCAAGGUGGCACUGGGGAAUCUCGAGGAACUCUCAAAAAAUUUGAAAGAAUCUCGCAGUCGGAUUUUACUUGCAUUGUAGGACUGUGUAAUAAUGGAUUUUUUGGAACAUACUUUUGGCGGUUUGAAAUUGAAAUUUUGAGAAAUUUGAACAUACUUGUACUCAGUGCUUCAAGAGAUGUUUCACGACCAGAUGAAACGUCAAAACGUUUGAAGCGUGUUCGUAAAGUAUUUAAAGUGCCACAACAUUAUGACAUAUCAACACUCACUACAAAAAGUUACGACUGGGCAGUUGUAAUUCAAGCGAAUCGUAGAAUAAAAAAUAUACGAGGAAAAAAAUGCUCCAAAUUACUGCAAGGAAACUUUUUCUUGAACACUCAAUUGGUUUAA